AAAGGUAUUACUUUUUGUAAGAAAUAUGCAUUUUAGGAAUGUAAAACAGCUUUGAAGAGAACCAAGGGAAAAAGUUGAUUGAAGCACGAUUGAUAUCAUACUACACAAGAAAGCUGCAAAAGUCAACCAUUUUAGAGAGUUAGCAGCAGAGAAUCUGUGCAUAAAUGAUCCUGAAUCACUUGCACGAGCUUUAAUGUGAAAAACAUCUUCUAGAGGGAUUGGAGAAUUUCUUCAAUCAAAAAAAUGGUCAUAAGCGUGGGCACAUUUUACAGGCUAAUGGUACUUUUAUUAAUGAUUGCAUCUCUCUAGAUCUGAAUCUAAAAAAUUUAAUCUCUACAAAAUUAAGUCCUUCUCAUGAAAGUGUUAUCCAAAAGAUGCUUCAAUAAUAUAUAGCUAGAGAGAUACCUGAACCCAAACGACAAUAAAGAUUUGAGAGUAUAAGGAACAAAUCACAAUUACUUUAAUAAUUAAAUGGUGGUCGAGUUGUGCGCCAAGAUUUAUUAUCGUCAGUUGAUUUCAUGCGAAAAUUAAAGACUUGUUUCGGACAUGCUCUUCAUCCAGACAAUUAAGAUCAAGAAGAUCCGUACAUACCAGUCUAUAACGUAAUAUAUGAUAGGUAAUAAAUAAAAUGUAGAGUAAUUAGAACUGGUUAGUUGUUGUUAACAGGAGAUGAUUUAGGAUUGAUUAAGAUAUGGUCAGCAUCUAAUGGAUUAUUAUUGUAAUCAUUAAAAGGACAUACUAUGGCAAUAAAUUCAAUGGAUAUUAGUUAUUGCAAUAAAUAUUUGGCAUCUUGUAGUAAUGAUGGUUUAGUGAUAGUUUGGGAUAUAUAGAUAGGAAAACCAGUUGCAGCAUUAAAAGUAUCAUAAUAAUAAAUAUAUCUAGGAAGCUCAAGAUGAUCCAAUCUUAGUAUUAGUAUUUUAUCAAGGUAAUACUUAAAAUGUUAAUUAUUUGGCAGUGGCAAGUGAAAAAGGAUAUGUUUAUAUAUACGAUGUAUAGGAUUUAAUAAAGUGUAAUGGAAGUAUUUUGGGAACUUAGUUCAAUACUAAAAUAAAGUAGAGUGCAAUAAAACAUCAUACAGAAAUAAUAAGAUUGAAUGUGAAUUAUAAUAAAGUAAAUAAAGGUAAAGUGAAUGGAAUAUUAUGUAUGGAGUUCAAUAAACAGGGUUAUUUGGCAAUGGGAACAGAUUAAGGUGAAAUAAUAAUAUUUGAUAAGCCAGAGAAUUUGUUUAAGACAAUAAAUAAAGUAGAAUGGCGUGAACAUUCAGCGACUGUUCAUUUAGCACGUUGGUCAAAAGAUGGAGAUUAACUAUUAACAGCUUCUUUUGAUGGGAGUGCUAGAUUAUGGAAAUGGUAAGAAGGAGGGAUCACAGCUAAUUAACAUAAUAGAUCAUAAGUAGUAUUAAAAUACAAAUCUACAGAAGGUAGAAGAGUUGGUGAAAUUUAAUGUUUUGCAAUAGCUUGGUCUGCAAAAAGUACAUAUGCUUUAGCUUCAUUUAGUAAAAAAUUGAAGAAAAAGGGAGAUGAAGAAAAAUCUAAGACUUAAAUAUAGGUUUAUUCAACACAUGAAAAUUAAGUUAUUCAUUGUAUGGAUUAAGAGAGUUUACCAUAAUUAAAAUUAGAUUCUCAUGUAGUAUUUUUAGAAGCACAUCCAAUUUAUGAAGAAGUAGCAUUAUCAGCAGAUGAAAAUGGAUUAAUAAUUUUAUGGAAUGUCUAAAAGGGUGUACCAUUAAAAGUAUUUCAUGAAAGAGGAUAUCAUUUAAAAUUACCAAACUUAGAGGUUCCUUUAAAAGAUGGAUGUUUCAGUCCUAAUGGAAUGACAUUUGUUGUAUCUACAGAUUAUGGAUCAUUUUCUAUUUAUGGUUUCGGUAUAUAGGAAAUAUUUGAUUAAACACCUAUUGAAUAGUUUUAUGUUUCAGAUUCUGAACAUCCAAUUAUUGAUGAAUCAGAUGGAUUUAGAGUAAUGGCUUUAGAUUCUGAUAUGGAAUUUUGUUAUGUUGAUAGAGGAAGUAUAUGUAAUUUCUAUAGAAUGCCAUAUCAUUAUAAUUUCUAAAAUAAUUUUAAAGCUCUCUUUCCUUAUUUGAUAUCCAAUCAAGAUUAUCAAGGAAAAAAGAGUGUCAAUCUUUAAAAAGCUAAAUUGUUUACUUAUUAAUAAAUGUCAAAAGGAGUUGCUAUUGAUAAUAUGAAAAAUGAAGAAAUGUUUUAAGGUUAUUUUGCAGAAAUGAAGUAAAUGGAAAUUAAAAUUAUAAACGAUAUUAAAGAAUAAAUGAGAAUUUAAGAUUAAGUAAGAAUAUAAAAAUUAGAAUGUGAAAUUGUUGAAGUAGCAAAUUAACCUAUUCAAGAAAGAUCACCAUCUAGUCAUAAUGCAAAAUUAAUUAAAAAGACUGAACAAAAAUCAGUAGAAUUAAUUAAAAGAGCUUUAAUCAAAGAUGAUGAAGAUAGUAGUCCAUAAAUUUCAUAAUAAUUACCAUAAUAAAUAAAUAUUAAUAUUAAUGAAUCUAAAAAAUAAAGUCAAAGAAGAAAGAAAGUUAUUGAAAGUGAAAGUGAAGAAGAAAAUAGUAAGUAGAGUAUUAUAAAAGAUGAAGUUUAAGCAGAAUAAUCACCAUUGUAAACAAGAUCUAGACGAAAUCAAAGACCUUUAUAAAUAAGAUUAUAGAUUCUUAAUAAUCAUAGAUAAUAAAAUGAAUUAAGACGUAAUAGAUCUUAAGUUACAGAAUAAUGUACUAGAUGUAGAAUCUUAAUGGAUACUGUUGUUCGUUGUCCUGAAUGUAAAUCUGCCUAUCAUUAAGAAUGCAGUGAAGUUAGACUAUUUUUAAGUGAAUUAGACUUUGGAACUUAAAAAAGAAUUUGUAUUAAUUGUAUGGCUUAAUUUUAAAAAAAGAAAUAACCAUAAAUUAGAUAAGGAGACAUCUUAAGAGAUAAGUAUUUAACUGAUGAUACUAAUUCACCUUAAAUCGGAGAUGAUGUAAUAUUCUUUACAAAAGGAUAUGAACAAUAUCUAUAGAAAUGUUUACACAAUCUAGAUUUAUCAGAAUUAUCUAUCGAUUCACUAUCUAAAAAAACUAUUGUAUUUCCUGGAGAUAUACUUAUAGAUUAAGAAUCAGCUAAUUUUGUAUAUUGUAAAGUUCUCAAUAUUAAUUAUAUCUUUCCUGUCAUCAAUACUGCUUUUAAAAGAUAAAUUAAUUAAAAUUCAUACAUUAUCUAAGUCUUUGAACUUCAAACUAAAGAUUUAAUUUUUAAAUGUUUUUACUCUUAUGAUUGUGAUCCCUAUCUCAUUCUUGAGUAAUCAUAUACUUCAAGUGUUAAAUAAAUUCGCCCUUUUUUAAAUCAAUCCUAAAUUACCUUUUAAACUGAUGCAGAUAAAGAUAAUGGAUUCGGUCAUCAAUAUCAAUUUAUUGCUUAAGAAACUCCUGAUAAUUAUUUAAAUGCUAGUGAUUGGCAAGUAUUGAAAUGUAAGAGAAUCAAUGAUGAAACAUAUUAAUUAAGAAAUCAAAAAAGUAUGAUUGCUUAUUGUCAUUUAAAUUUCUGGGAAAUUGCAUCCAUGAUUAAUAAAUCUAAUAAACCAAUCGAAAUCUAAGGGGCUUCUUUAUAAUCUGCAUUAACUACUAAUGAAGCUCAAUAAAUUAAUAGAGAUAUCAAUUCCAUGAUUAAAAAAUAAACUAAAAUUGCCUUUUUCUUUUCUAAUGAAGUUGAUGUCUAAUAGUAUCCUAAAUAUUUAGAUUUUGUUCCAUUAAUGAGCUAUAUUACACUUAUCUAAAGAAGGUAUUAUAUAUCUAUCUAUCUUUAAGAUUAGAAAAUGAUUUUUAUAGGAGUAAGGAUUAAAUACUUAAUGAUGUUGAAAGAAUUAGAAAUAAUGCUUAUAUAUUUAAUCCUCCAAAAUCAGAUGUUUGUGAAUUAGCUGAUAAAUUAGCUAACAUUUUACAUUCUAUAGUAAAUGGAGAAUAUCUUCAAUAGCAAGCAUCUGUCUAAAUAAGAGAAAUUUAAACAAGAAAAAAAAAAAAAUUAUUUUGA